AUGAACUCUAGAGGCGGGAAGACAGCAGCCAUGACGAUCAUCGUGAGGUCAGAAAAGCUCAAUAACCUGGUGCCUUCUGCAAAGAAGAUGAAGAAACUCCAGGCCAGGCAGUCAGAGAGCAGUAUGCAUUGGGCUAAGGAUAUAUCUACGAAGCUCGAGACCAAGGUCCAGAGCAAAAUUCACGGAAGCAAGGAUAAAUCCAGUGACAUGGCUACUAGAGGCCGUAUGACGACGACAAGCGCGAGACCUAGGGUCCCACCCCUGCCUCCUUAUUCCCCUCUCGGAGGUUUGCAGGAGCUCUUCAAGGAAGUUGGCGGAGCCUUUGGGUCUGGAAAGGAGCUUGAACGUGAAGAAGAAGGCGACGGAGAACCUGAACUUGUUUCGCCAGUGACCCUUGCAUGUAGAUCCUGUGCUGCGACUAUGGGCGACAGUGUCGACGAUAGGCUAUGCGAUGACAGCAGUAUAUGCUGCCUGUCCCCUGCAACUGUAACUACCAUUGAGACUGGAUUUGGCAGCUGUAUGCAUAUCUCACACCGCGCUGCUCACGAAUCUCCUUCAAAUGCAGCAGCUAACGAAUCGGCAAUCCUCCCCCUAUCCUUCGAUAACGAUCUCACAAGGAAGCAAACUGUUUAUUUCACGCUGGAUAACAAAAACCGGGCCUCGUCUGACCCCAAAUCACCAACAUCUCCAACAUGCUGCUCCGCAACUACUUGUUCUUCAAUAUACCCCUGGUCAUCAGUCAGCUGUUCUGGUGAACAAAUACCGCGGAAUUUACCCCCAAAAAUAACUGUGAAUGAACCUUUUUCACUUAACUCCGUCGACGCUGUGAUCUCCAACGAUGAAUAUCGAUCGGGGCACCCCACCCCUGCUGCCAACUUGAAGAGGAGAUUGACCAUUCGAGAAUCGAAAAUGAAGGCCCUGCCCCCAUAUCCGCCCCUGCCGGAGACAGUACUCACUCAGCCCCAGGCACCGGGACAGUCACUCAAACGCUCUAGAAAUGCUUCUCAUUCCGCCCAUUCACCAAAAGCGCUCUGCCUGCCCCAAAUACCCCAAGAAAGCGAUUUUGAUAUGCUUGAUGAAACCUUCCAGCAAUCCAAUCGAAGUUCAUUAUUACCUUCAUUAGAAAAAGCAGCCGAAGACCUCGAAGCACAGCUUUUAGCGAUACCAUCGACUAAAGAAUCUCAACCAAACUCACGAUCCCGUUCUCCCUCCCCCGCUUAUCUGCAGCGAGCUAUUACCAACACUGAGAGCGAACAGGAAGCCGUUGCCGCCCCUGAAAUCCAAAACGACAACUCUCCAAGGAUGGACCUGGCGCGUGGUAGUAUCGAACGCCUUCGUGAGAGUAUAGCGUCGAAACAAAUGGUUCAGCUGACCCGCACGAAAAACCAGAAGGGCGGGCAGUCUGGUUUUAAGGAAAGAUGGAGCCGUUUCUCUGCAUUCUCAAAGAAAGGAGAGCCAGGAAAAUCGAAGUCACAGCUGAAUUUACCUUCUCCCAAACUACUUCCAAUGCACACAAUCAAUCCGAUAGAAAAGUUAGAUUUUGGUUUGAAUGUGGUUCUCGACAUUCCUUCGGGUUUUGCAGAGCUCGAUGCAGACCCAUCACCACGAGAAGAGGCAAAACCGACACAGGCUGCACCUCGUCCACUGCGACCGUUGGUCGACAGCGUUAUUCUUCGAAUAUUUGAAAAUGUCGGCUACUUUGACGAUUUGUUCAAUUUAGCGCUCUCAAAUAGAGCCUUUUAUCAGAUUUUCAAACAGAACGAGCUAGCCCUUGUUCGAAAUACCUUAUCUUUGAUGUCCUUGCCAGCAUGGGAAUUGCGAGAGAUGACUCCGCCAUGGGAUGAUGACGGCGUCACUCGCCUUGCCGUCAGUGCGAGGGAUGAGCCUAUGCCUGAGUAUACCCCCCAACUAUAUCUCCAACAUUAUUCCAGAGAUCUAUACGCCAUGGCAGCUCUGAAAUCCAUGAUUCUUGUACACUGUGAGAGUUUUCUUCGAUUAGAAACAUCACGAGCAUUGGCAGGCUUGGAUGAGCAGCGGUCGGCAGAAAUGGACGAUGCAUUUUGGCGUGUAUGGACAUUCUGCUCUCUCUUCGGCUGUGGGAAAGGGAGAGAAAGCGAUAUCGAGGCUCAGGUUGACUGGCUCAGAGGUGGUAUACUGGCUGAGUCUGACACCAGGCCGUCUGCAUCUAUCUUUAGCCCCAUGCCGUUCAUUAGCAACCUCCUGCUCGACCCACCUCAGGGAUUUGCCAAAGGAAAUAAUGGCGGGUUAAGCACAGAACAACUAUGCGACAUGUCAGAGAUCUGGACUUGCCUUGCUAACCUGCUCAGUGUUUUCCAUGGCAAAUGUAAAUUGGCACGCAAAUAUGGUGUCUUUGACAAUAAGGAUGUAACUCCAGGAGACGUUACACAUGAGGAGGCCUUGCUUGAAGAGUGGACUCAAUAUCUCCUCACGUUAGGCCCUUAUGCCGUCCUUACUCUCAUCAGUUUUGCUCCUUCUACCCCAGUUGAACAGAAGUUCGCUCGUGCCAAAUCGCUAGGGUGGACUCGUUGGCAAGCCCCUGUGAAAUCGGAAAAUGAGCCGGCUAGGCUGUUCUUCAAAGAAGCUGUCUCACGAGUUUGCCGAGAUCUCCCUUCACGACCAAGCUCCCUUUCCUCUUCUAACCCAUCAUCGUACUCCUCCAGAGCAUCUCCCCAAAGCUCAAGGUCAAAACGAAGUAGUCAAUCGAGCAUUACGAGCCAGAACAGCGCUCGUCGUCAAAGACAGGCUGGCUUCGCGGCUGAACUUCGCAACAGAAAAGUAUCUCUCGACACAGGGCUGGGUAUUGCUAAUGCCAUUCCCAAUUGUGACGAGCGACCAACUCCAGUCUCUGAGGUGGUCGUUAACAAAUUCAUUUCCUCCGAAUCAGGGACACCAUUUCUCCAUCCCACUCCUCGAAUGCUGGCAUUCAGUCCAAGAAACCAAUCUCCAUCAUCCUCAAUCGUAUCAUCACCGCGACCAACACCGCCACUAGUAGAGGAGAAAAUCUCCCAAGGCCGCCAACCAAUGCCAUCUACCAGCCGUCUUGCACUAUAUUACUCAAAUCAUCAGGAGCCAGUGGUCCCAGACCCAGCUGACCUGGCUCUGCAAAAGAUGGUGCAUGAACUAGGAUUUGACGAAGAAGAAGCCAAAUGGGCUCUGAAACGAACUGAUACUGGUGAAUCAGUCGAUAUCAAUGCUGCUGUACACCUCUUACUUGUCAAAUCCAGCAAGGCGAACUCUUCAUCUGUGGAAAUGGGCCUAAGACAGCGCGAAUCUAAUAUUCCGCAGACAAAGGCAGAUGAGGUCUACAGGCCUACCUGGAGAUGGGCGUAA